AUGGUGAAAUGGGCCCAAUUGUUUGGUGGAGACCGACAGCGGGAUUUGCCUCAUUUGAGAGACGAGACGCGGAGAUUGCUUCCUACCCAUAGCUCUGAUCUCCCGGCGUCUGCCUUUCCCGCCAAAGAAGUCACGAAGGUGGCUCUACGUUUGAAGUACCAGAUUGAGGAGGUCAUACCCAUUGAACUCCCGGAAGAAAAGAUCACCGCUGCAAAUAGCUCCAUCGUCACGAAGAAGGUCGUCCAGACAGCUAAAGAGGCCGGCGGCAAGGAGUAUGCAGCAUGCGUGGUAUACUGCCUACUCGUUUGCAAGAGAUGGUUCAAGCGGCAAGCAAUCUUGGAACUGUGGGACGCCGGCCUCCAUGAAGUCCGAGCCGUCGCUUGUGAAAUAAUUGCGAAGCGGAUCAUCGAAGGCGAGGAGAACCAGGAAUACCUGAUGCAAGAGGUGCUUUUGAAGAGAUACUCUGUGCUUCGGAAGGAAGAGGAGACACAGCCAGCCAAUGUUAUUGAGAGAGCUGUCGACUUGCACUGCCUGACCGUCAUCGGGUCUUCGGGAUACCAGAAAUGCAUCAAGUAUCUUUGGCGUGGCUGGAUUCACCAGGACGACAAAGAUGCUGACACCUACAUUUUCUACAAAGACCGCGAUAACACCAGUUACUGGGCCCAUCUCAAUCCUGACCGGAUGCGAGCCCCCAUUUACCAAAAUGUCGUUCAGAUCUCUAUCUCCCUCAUCUACUUGGCUCUCUAUACUGGAGCUGUUAACACGGUUAAUGAAGACGGUGAUCUCGACGUUGUGGAAGGUAUCCUGUAUGUUAUGACAUUCGGCUUCAUAUGCGACGAAAUUGCCAAAUUCUGGAAAGUCGGAUUGUACUACUUCGGAUUCUGGAAUGCCUUCAACAACUGUCUCUACGCUUUACUGACAGCGUCGUUCAUCAUCCGCAUGAUUGCACUGGCUCAUUCACCGGAUGAAGAUGACGAACGCCGUCGAGAACUCAAUCGGCUCGGCUACCAUAUCUUCUGCUUCUCCGCCCCGAUGUUCUGGAUGCGGUUAUUGCUCUAUCUCGACACUUUCCGCUUCUUCGGAGCAAUGUUGGUGGUUCUCAAAGUGAUGAUGCGGGAAUCUAUCAUCUUCUUCGCAUUGCUUGUCGUGGUCUGCAUCGGCUUUCUGCAAGCGUUCAUCGGUCUCAAUCAAGUGGAAGGUAAUGACUCAAUCACCACGUUCAUCCUGACUGCUAUGGCCAACUCUGUUAUGCAAUCUCCUGAAUUCGACGGAUUUGACGAGUACGCCCAUCCGUUCGGUUUGAUCUUAUACUACAUCUUCACCUUCGUAGUGAUGGUCAUUCUUCUCAACAUCCUGAUUGCGCUUUACAACAGCGCGUACGAGGACAUCACGGAAAACGCCAUUGAUGAGUACAUGGCCAUGUUUGCGCAGAAGACGCUGCAAUUCGUCCGAGCCCCUGACGAGAAUGUGUUCAUUGCCCCGUUCAAUCUCAUCGAGUUACUCUUCCUCAUCAUCCCUUUCGAGUGGUGGAUGGACUCCUACCACUACGAGAGACUGAACAACUACGUCAUGGGUGUCAUCUAUUCUCCUCUACUGCUCAUCACAGCAGCUCUGGAGUCCAUGGAAGCGCGGUCAGUUAGGGACAACCGUAAGAGAGGUGAGGAAGACGACGACACCAUCGAAGAGUGGGAGGAGCUCGACGCUGAGAUGAAUUUCGCCGACGAAGGCUGGGACGAGAAGGUUCAAACAUCAAAACCCAUCGUCGAGGUAGACGCCGACGUCGUCGAGAUCAGAGAGCUCAAGGAGGAAGUCAAAGAGUUGAGACAGAUGAUCAGAGCAAUGAGUGCCGAGCCGGAAGAAAAGUAG